AUGCCACCUGCAAUUGGAGGACCAGUCGGAUAUACCCCCCCAGAUGGAGGCUGGGGGUGGGCAGUGGUAGUUGGAGCUUUCAUUUCUAUCGGCUUCUCUUAUGCAUUUCCCAAAUCCAUCACUGUCUUCUUCAAAGAAAUUGAAGUUUUAUUCAGUGCUACUACCAGCGAAGUGUCAUGGAUAUCGUCCAUCAUGUUGGCUGUCAUGUAUGCUGGAGGUCCUAUCAGCAGUGUCCUGGUGAAUAAAUAUGGCAGCCGUCCGGUAAUGAUGGCUGGUGGCUGCUUGUCUGGUUGUGGCUUGAUUGCAGCGUCUUUCUGUAACACAGUGAAGGAACUUUACUUCUGCAUUGGCGUCAUUGGAGGUCUUGGGCUUGCUUUCAACUUGAACCCAGCUCUGACCAUGAUUGGCAAGUAUUUCUACAAGAAGCGACCAUUGGCCAAUGGGCUGGCCAUGGCAGGCAGCCCUGUGUUCCUCUCUACCCUGGCUCCACUUAAUCAGGCUUUCUUUGGUAUUUUUGGCUUGAAAGGAAGCCUCCUAAUUCUUGGGGGUCUCCUGCUAAACUGUUGUGUAGCUGGAUCCCUGAUGCGACCAAUAGGGCCUAAACCAGGCAAGGUAGAAAAGCUGAAGUCCAAAGAGUCUCUUGAGGAAGCUGGAAAAUCUGAUGCCAACACAGAUCUCAUUGGAGGAAGCCCCAAAGGAGAAACGUCAGCCUUGCAAAUAAUUAAUAAGUUCCUGGACCUGUCCCUGUUUGCCCACAGAGGCUUUUUGCUGUACCUGUCUGGAAAUGUGGUCAUGUUUUUUGGACUCUUUACCCCUUUGGUCUUUCUUAGUAAUUAUGGUAAGAGUCAGCAUUAUUCCAGUGAGAAGUCAGCCUUCCUCCUUUCCAUUCUGGCUUUUGUCGAUAUGGUGGCCAGACCUUCCAUGGGACUUGUAGCCAACACUAAGUGGAUCAGACCUCGGGUCCAGUACUUCUUUGCUGCCUCUGUUGUUGCAAAUGGAGUGUGCCAUUUGCUAGCACCAUUGUCUACGACCUAUGUUGGGUUCUGUGUCUACGCGGGAUUUUUUGGAUUUGCCUUUGGUUGGCUCAGCUCCGUAUUAUUUGAAACACUGAUGGACCUCGUUGGACCCCAGAGGUUCUCCAGUGCUGUGGGCUUGGUGACCAUUGUGGAAUGCUGUCCUGUCCUCCUAGGACCACCACUUUUAGGCCGCCUCAAUGACAUGUACGGAGACUACAAGUACACGUACUGGGCCUGUGGUGUGAUCCUCAUCAUCGCGGGCAUCUAUCUCUUCAUCGGCAUGGGCAUCAAUUACCGACUCUUGGCCAAAGAACAGAAGGCCGAGGAGAAGCAGAAAAGGGAAGCUAAGGAGGAGGAGGCCGGCACAGACGCCAGCGAGAAGCCCAAGGAAGUAACCAAAGCAGCACAGUCCUCGCAGCAGCAGAACAGCGCCGGAGAGCCCGCAGAGGAGGAGAGUCCCGUGUGAACGGAGCAGGAGCAGUGUGUGACCCGAGCCGACAUCCAAAACCAUUCUGCUGGCCUCUAGUCUACCAGUGGUGCUCAAUGCAGACAGUGGACAUUUGUGUGGAAACCUACCAGGUGUUCAUUGGUGGAUUUUUUUGUUUUUGUUUUUGUUUUUUUGUUCACUCCUUACCAAUGCCGGAAUUCAAAAUUUACUAUGCUUUAGGUAGGGAGUGGUUGGCAAAGGAUAUGGGAAAGAACUAGGGAUUUUGUUUUGUUUUGUUCUGUUUUAAUCUUAGCUUUUAACAGUCUCAUGAAGAUUAUAAUAUGUGCCUUAAGUUUUAGUUUUAGAACUCUUUAGAGAGCCUUAACUUUUAAAACCAUUCUGCUGAAUUCAUCUAUUUUAAAUGUCAUUUUAAAAGGAAGAAUAACAACAACUAACUUGCUUGAGGUAACUCUAACCUUAAUCUGGUUUUGUUGUUGUUUGUAAUGCUUUGUCGGAAAUUGUUACUGGAACAUUUAUGGAUGGAAAUAUUAGUUAAAAGUUGGAGAUUUAUAAAAUACUGACGAAAGUAUUUUUCUAGCAUCAUAGUUGCCUGGUGUAGGUGCCUGCUAGGUAUAUAUUUAAGAAAUUUAAAGCAUGAAAUUCUGGAAACAUCUUGGCUGUUGUAGCCACAGUCUGUCACCUGCUGGGUGCCUCCUCUCAGAUGCUUCCUGCAAGCCUAGAGCUAGAAUGUUAUCACUAGAUUGCUACCUUUGCUCCUGUUCAGAGACAUUGAGUGGUUAGAAGUCAUUGCCAUUUUUGAAAUCUACUGCAAAAAUGUUAGUAUUAAAGUCUACAAAACAUUAUUCAAUACAGUCUGAUUUAAUAUAGACAAGUAUUUCAGGCAUCAGCUGAAUUCAGCUUGGGUUUUCCAAGACCCUAGUUAUGGUAUGAAACUCUUGUCAUCUUUGAGUUGUGUGGGUUUGGGGGGGCUUGGUGGUUCUGAGGAUUGAACCCAGGGCCACAAGCAUGCUAAGCACAUGCUGUACCACUGAGCCACAUCCCACUAGCACCCCGGAAUCCUCCUUAACCCCCAAGACCUUUUCUCCUUGAUUUUCGAUAGUUCCAUUUAUAUUCUAGUUUAGAGCUGUAUGUGAGAUAUUCAGUACGGACUGAAUGUGUGUGCUCUUUUUGUUUUUUACAUUGUUUUUCAGUAUUUGCAAAACCAAGAGGGUCAGAGUUUGGCCCCAGGGAAGCCAAUAAAAGAUAAAAUAGGGAGGGAGUUUGCUGAGUUCACUUGGUUUCAGUAAGUACCCACCUCCCUGCCGCAGGCACCAAGGCUCAAAGAGAAACUUCUAUCAUGCUUAGAAUUGUUGGACAGUCUUGGCUCCACAAACCUUAGCUUUUGUGACCCUUUCCACUUACCUGAAAUGUAGAAAAUGGGUUCAGAAUAAGUCAGGAGGAAGGAUGGACCAGAUUGGAAUUGUAGUAUUUUUUUUAACCCAAUGUCUUCUAAAUAGAGGCAGAAAAGAUCUGUGACACUGAAUUGUACUCAAUGCAUUUAAAAUACCAUGGUAAUUGACAGGGUGAAAAUACAGAUUUGAAACCUGUGUAAGAAGCUGACUUUUUCCAAAUAAAACAUGUAUUUUAUUUUUAGAAAACA